AUGCCUUCAGGUUCUCUGGGUAGUGAUUCUAUUUUUUAUUUACGUCAGUUUUUUCCCCAAUCAUUUAGAGCCUCCGAUUUCAAUAGCAUCGAACACCAUUUAUAAUCUCCUGGUUCGUAUACGUUUUUGCCGUCAGUCCCCACCAACCAUGGUCUUUGCAGCUGAAAAUGUAUCGGUGAAAAUCGUGGAAUCUGACCCUUCCAAUCGACGCAGGUGUGUGCAUUCGUCUUUUAUUUCGCGGUCCACCGUCUCAACUAAAUAGCCCUUACUCUCGCCAAAUUUUCCAUGACUUAGAAAAAUAGUUUAUGAGGUAGUUGGAUGCGUAUAUCCCAAAGGUUGUUUCCUAUUCCACAAAUCGUUUGGCCACAUUGUUUAGAACGCUACCUCUUUCGAGAGACUGGUGCACGCAGUGGUGUCAUCUGUCGCGUCGAAUUCAUUUAGAGCCAUUUUUCUGCCCAAACGCUAGGUUUGCAAAAUUUUCUGACAAAAGCAGGCUGACCCUACAGUCAUUUUAAAUUGUGCCUCAUUUGCCCCCUAUUUCACCACUUUCCCAUUGGAAUGGAUGAAAGUUUCCGAGAUGUCAUUUGUCAACACUUUUUAGAUUAUUCGAGUAUUUGUGAGUCAUUCAUGUCUAAGUGAGAUGGUUUGACUGGUCUGGCUCAUCAGGUCCGUUUGCAGGCUGGUCAAGCAGCGUGAAUAAUGCCUAUUUCCAACAACUAUAUCGCCUAGUGCAAACGAUCGAAUCCCGCAUAUUUGCAAUCGGCGUUUUACCCAAGCCGGAUAGUUCCCUACAGAAUAAACCCAUGACCCAAGUGUGAUAAAACUCGCGUCGUCCGGCGGGGCCUCGUAGCUCAGGUGGUUAGAGCGUUGGCUGUACUAAAGCCUUCCCCCUUACUGCGUGGGUUCGAAUCCCACCGAGGCGCCGAAUUUUUCACAGAUGGGUCAAUAUGAAUGAAACCCAUGUCUCUCAAGCGGUAAUGAUUUAAAUGGGAAAAUGAACUUACCUCAGAAAGACAAAAAAUUUCCGGUAAGUUAAAACUUUGCUUUAGCCGGCUGCUUAUGUCGUUGUCGCCUCUUCGCUUCCAUGGUUUCUGCUUUGCAUGCUAUCCAGUGCACUUUUGCCCGAAGAAUAAGAGGCGAUAUGUAGUGUGCGGUGUGGGCCUUCACUCUAAAGAGAAGCCGUGACUAAAUUUGUGUACAAUUCUCAGCUGAAGCCAUUUUCACGGUUCUCGGUCUUGUGGCAUUUCGUGAAACUUAUGUAGCGUUUACAGUAGGCUUUUCCGGUGAUCGUAAAGGGUGGAGAGUACUUUCGAACAGGCCCUCAGUCAACUACGUUCAGUAACAUACAGUUUAGUUGAUAACAAGACCAUCCUUAGUUGGGUUUGAAGAUGAUUUUUCAUCGCCUCCUCCAACUAGCGUCAGGACCUCCUUUACCGUCUUGGGCAGUCGGUUUAUCAAUACUACUUCCAUCAAGAGGAGCCACUGACAACUUUACUGUCACCGUUAUUUGUGGUUCUACUAAUGAUGACUAUGCGCUUAAUGUUCAACCAAAGAUAGAGGGUUGUGCGAAAUCCCCAAUCCCUAUUUCGCAUUGUUUUUUGCUUCGCCCAGGCAACUGGCACUGCAGGUUCUAAGGGAAAAGCUUCCAAUGCCUCCGGUCUACCAGUCCUCGCUUCUGGACUUCCCGUCCCCCACUUUAAAAGAGGACUCUUGCCAACCUCCGCCCCAGAUUCCAAGGGUUCUCGAACCGAUUCCCGAACGACCGCCUUCCGAUCGCGUCUCGGUGGAGCCGAGUGCCCAAAAACCCUAA